UUUGACAGUAAACUCAUUCUUAUACAGCUCCUCUUUAAAAGUAGAGGGUUUUAAUAAGCAGCGGUUGAACUGAAGGCGUUUCGUGCAGCGACAGUCGUAUCUCCACGGUUCAGCCUUAUCUCCGCGUGUCCGACUCUCAUGACAUAUAUGGAUAAAGCCGUCACUCUGUCGCUUCACGAUACAGUCCCAAAAUAAUCUGAGCAGCACAGCUGAGCCGCCGCGCAGCUCCAACCACCAACACCACCAACACCACCGUCACCGCCGCGCUGCGUGGACACAAACACCGCCGUGAUAUACAGUAUCUGCCACCGGCAAUAAUGACCAAAUUCUGCUAUUCCGAAUACUUAAAUCAGUUCCGUAAUGCUGGAGGUAAAUGUGAUGAGGUUCUGCCGCGACGGCGAGCAGAGACACGGCGUGGAGACAGUCACAGGGACGUAACGUCACAGCCACAGGACGAUGACCCGGUGGUCUCGGCCAUCAGGAGAGGAGAUGAGGAGGCUGUAAAUGACCUGGCCAAGUCUGCUCCUCGCAGUCUGCUGAGGGAGAACAAAGAUGGAUGGAUACCUUUGCAUGAUGCCGCCUACUGUGGCCUGGCCGCCUGCCUGAACACGCUGCUGAGCGUCCAUCCAGGCUCAGUAGACAAGCGUACUUUACAGGAGCAGACAGCCUUGCUGCUCGCUGUGUCUUGUGAACAUUUGUCAUGUGUGCGACGCCUGCUGGAGGCCGGCGCUGACCCUGACAUCAGCAACAAGAACAAAGAAACCCCUUUGUACAAAGCCUGUGAGUUGGAGAACGUGGACGCGGUGAGUGUCCUCCUUUCAUAUGGUGCCACUGUGAACCAGCGAUGUGGUCAGGGCUGGACAGCUCUCCAUGAGGCCGUGUUGAAAAACAACACAGAGAUCUGUGAGAUGCUUCUAAGAGCCGGGGCUACAAUCAAUCCGCCAAACACCUUCAGCAUCACACCGCUCACUGUAGCAGCUCAGCACGGACACAUGAGGGCACUGUGUUACCUGAUUGGGAAAGGUGCGGAUGUGAACAUGCAGACAUGUGACGGGAUCACGGCCUUGCACGAGGCCAGUAAAAACGGCCACAAGGACAUCGUAGCAGUGCUGUUGACGAAAAAUGCAGACGCCAACAAACCCACCAGCUCAGGACUGCUGCCUCUGCACGUCGCCGCCCAGCACGGACACCACGAGAUCGUGUCCCUGCUCGUCUCGGUGACGAGUCGAGCCAGGCUGCGACACUGUUGGGUCAGCCCCCUGCACCUGGCAGCAGAGCACAACAGACACACUGUGGCAGCUGUGCUGCUGAAGACAGGUGCGGAUGUAAACGGCACACUGGCCCCCUGUCACUCCGUCCGGUAUGCUGACCGACGCGCGACAGCCCUCUACUUUGCCGUCGCCAGCCGCAGCACCAGGACAGCAGAGGUGCUGCUGAACGCCGGCGCCAGUGUCAGCCUGGACCCAGUGAGUCCUCUGCUCAUGGCUGUGAGACACGGGUGCGCCUCGACCGUGUCUCUCCUGCUGCAGAGGGGGGCUGAUGUCAACGCCACAGUCCCGUCUGUUAGUACGACGUUCCCUGCUGUCGUUGCACUCUGCACAGACAAUCUGCCUUUACUCAAAUGCCUUCUGGACCAUGGCUGUGAUGCCUCCUCCUGCUUUACCUGCACACAUGGCAACGCCCCUCACCCAGCGCCUGGAGAACUAAACACAGGACAUGUUUUGCAGAACGACACCACGCUUUCUUUAAACUGCUGUGAGACGACAGAGAGAGCAAGACAGUUCUGCGAGUGGAUCUCAUCCCCAGAUCUGUGUGGAAAGGCAGGGCCGAUCAUAGAGCUGCUGCUGGAGCACGUCGCUCACGUUCAGCUGUGCAGCAGGAUCACUGAGCUGCUGGACGGCCGGGAAGAAUGGCGUGCCAUUAAGAGGAAGUCGUUGUUGCCUCGUCCACUGCUGCACCUCUGUAUAUUAGGGAUUAGGACCCAAAUGGGGAGAGACGGACUGAAACGUCUCACAAGUCUACCUCUGCCAGACAGGAUGAUUCGAUACCUGAGCCUGGCUGACUGACAUUAAGGUGAACGUGGAGCAAUACGGCAUCACAGAUGUGGCUAAAUUUAUCUUUUUGUGAUUUAUUUUUUGAUACCUUGAAUCUUUUCAUGGUCCCCUCAAAGCAUUCUCUAUGUAUAAAAUAUUUAUUUCUUA